AUGGCCCAGAGGGUACUGUUUCUUCAAAUUGCUUGAAGACUCUAGAGCUUCUUAAGAAGUCGCUGCAAAGCUUGGAGAUUAACAUUAAGGAACUAUCAGCAUAUCCAGGCUUUAAAUUAAACUUUAGUAUGGAAACACUUUUAACUCUUCAUGUUGAAAAUCAACAUGCAGUAACCCAUUUCAAGCGAGACACCUUUACGCUAUACGAGUAUGCCCUAAUAUUUGGUUCCUCAGUUGCAGAAGCUGUUAAGCGUGUAUCUAAAUGGGCGGCAACUUAUUAUACACAUCGUGAUUCAUAUUAUAAGCGUCCUUCAACAAGUUCUUUUUCAUCACCACAUGUAAACAUCCCCAGGCCUCCCUCCCAAGUGUUGAGCAGAAAUGAAGAAGCCAAAAUGAGAGCAUGGGCUAAAAGACAUGGCAAAUGUGUUAGGCAAAGGAAUGUCAGGCAGGACAACACAAAGGACAGAAGUGGCACACUACCUUUAAAUCUCUAUGAAACAGAAACAGUUUUGAAUCCUUUAGAUUUAAAACUCCUCUGCAGCUCUCAAACAGAAGUUCAGGAAGACCAAGAAGAGGCUGAUGGUCAUGAUUCUAGCGAGAACUUGCAGCUUGAAAACCAACAAAGUGAAGAAUAUGAACAAGAAGACAGUUAUAGCGAUAGUGAAUCAGACAGUGAUGAUGAAGUUGAGGAUGAAUCUGUCGACUCUGUUACUACCACUGCAAUGAAUCUUUUGGAACCGACAAGACUUGGUCGAGUUAGACGACUGACAAAAAGAAUGUCAGAUUACCUUCAAAUGUAAAGGUAUUUUUUCUUAAAUUAUUAAAAUGGGAUUUCGAAAACCUGCAAUGGGAUUUUUGAAAAAUGUAUGACUGGGAAUGGGAUUUUAAUGAAAAAGGUAG